UGGGAAAACGGCGCAUACAUAAGGUCAAUGUGUAUCCGUAAUGCAAAUUCCCUAAGGAGCACUAUGGGAAUGCUACAGCUUUCAGCCUUCCUUGGUGCAUUGGACAAACACGUUAAAAUGUCAAGCGUAAAACGAUCAUAGGGGAGGAAAAUAAGAACAGACUGAGCCUUUUCACAGGCCUGCCCUUUAUCGUCCAGUGAUGCAGGAAUGUGAAGGAUGCUGAGUGUCCACCUGAUACUGCUUUGCGCCCGGGGGAGGUUCUCCAGUCUCCACUCUGGCUGCCAUAACACGACUCAGCUCAGGCAGGCAAGGCAAGGCAAGGGAGGCGAGGCGAGGCGGGGGAAGCGCAUCCUCAGAGAGAUCUGCUGGGAACAUGAUCAUCAGGGAAAGCUAAACGCAAAUCUUCGGCUGCGGCGGUCAGACGAUUCGACGAGUGAGUGCGUUUUGCGCUUUUCUCUGAAGGACGUAAAAGACGAGGAGACAGGCGGUGCAGGAGAGACGGGAGCCGACAUCAUCAGCCGGUGCGCCGUGUGAAGCGAGGUCAUCGCAGUACUACGAUUUCCAUGACCCCCUGGUCCUUGAUCCCGAUCUGAACCUCGGAGCAGCCGCACCCGCCCCACUCAUCUCCUCAUCCAGCGCUAUUAUCGAUGCCUCGGAGGAUGUGAGUAGGGGAAGGACAGAGGGCAGAAAACCUCGAUAAAUCCAACCAAGAAAGGAAGCGGGAUCACGUGGUGGUUAUGGACUGACGGGUCAUCUGAUAGCAGAUCACAGUGGCUUUGCUUGGAAGUACAAUGGUGUUGUUUCUGGUUGGGAUCUCUAUUGCUGUGAAUAAUUCAUCUCAUGAGAACCAAACUGCAGAAAACCCCACUCACCAGGGGGCCCAUGUGCUGCCCUCCACACUGGUCAUAUCCCUGCUUCUUAUCAUUAUCGUCCUGCUGACAAUCUACUGCCUGAGGUUCAAAAACCACAGGAAAGCUCUAGUUACCUCGGUGGAUAAAAAGAUUCCUAAUGGCUUCCUGGAGGAACAAGGAGAGCAGACAGUGGUCCUCCUCCCCAGAUCUCCCUCGCCGUCCAAGAGGUACUUCCCCAUCCCGCUGGACUCGCUGGAGGAGGAGUACCGGAUACGCUCCGCAGACGAUGGGAAGCUCUUCAGAGAAGAGUUCAAUUCACUGCCGUGUUACUACCACCACGGGUCCUUUGAGGAGGCGAGCAGGGAGCACAACAGAGAGAAAAACAGAUACCCAAACAUUUUACCAUAUGAUCAUUCCAGGGUGGUGUUAAGUCAUCUUGACGGACACCUGUGCUCAGACUACAUAAAUGCGUCCUACAUAGAUGGUUACAAAGAGAAGAGCAAAUUCAUUGCAGCUCAAGGCCCGAAGCUGGAAACACUGGCUGACUUCUGGCGGAUGAUUUGGGAACAGAAAACGGCAACUAUAGUAAUGCUGACGAACCUGAAAGAAAGGAAGGAGGAUAAAUGUUACCAGUACUGGCCAGAAAAGGGCUGCUGGAUGUACGGGAACGUCCGCGUGGCGAUGGAGGACUGCAUUGUCCUGGUGGACUACACCAUUAGGAAAUUCUGCAUUCAGUAUCAAGGCAGCGAUGGUCCCCGAGCUCCUCGGCUGGUCACCCAGCUCCACUUCACCAGCUGGCCAGACUUCGGGGUGCCGUUCUCGCCCAUCGGCAUGCUGAAAUUCCUCAAGAAGGUCAAGGCUGUCAAUCCAUCUUAUGCUGGACCCAUUGUUGUGCACUGCAGCGCCGGGGUUGGGAGGACUGGGACGUUCAUUGUCAUUGACAGCAUGAUCGACAUGAUGCACAUGGAACAGAGGCUGGAUGUCUUCGGCUUUGUGAGCAGAAUACGAGAACAGCGCUGUCAACUUAUCCAGACAGAUAUGCAGUACUCCUUCAUCUACCAGGCUCUGCUGGAGUACUAUCUGUAUGGAGACACCGAGCUAGAUGUGUGCUCUCUGGAGGGCCAUCUGCAGAGGCUUCACAACACAAGGGCUCCCCACGACAGGCUGGGCCUGGAGGAGGAGUUCAGGAAGCUGACCAACGUUCGCAUAAUGAAGGAGAACAUGAGGACUGGGAACCUUCCCGCCAACAUGAAGAAGAACCGCGUGCUUCAGAUCAUUCCGUAUGAUUUCAACCGAGUAAUACUCUCAGUGAAAAGAGGACAGGAGUUCACCGACUACAUCAAUGCCUCCUUUAUUGAUGGCUACAGGCAGAAGGACUAUUUUAUCGCAACCCAGGGCCCCCUGUCUCACACAGUGGAGGACUUCUGGAGGAUGGUGUGGGAGUGGAGGUGUCAUUCAAUCGUUAUGCUCACCGAACUCAAAGAGAGGGAGCAGGAAAAGUGUUUCCAGUAUUGGCCAUCAGAGGGCAGUGUAACAUUUGGAGACUACACCGUGGAGCUGACUGGCGACACACUGUGUGAAACCUUCACUCUGAAAGACCUGGUUCUCACCUACAGACCAGAAAAGCAGUCACAACACGUCCGACACUUCCACUUCCACGGAUGGCCUGAGAUCGGAAUACCAGCCGAGGGGAGAGGGAUGAUUGACAUUAUUGCCGCUGUGCAGAGGCAGCAGCAGCAGUCUGGAAACCGGCCCAUAAUUGUGCACUGCAGCGCCGGUGCCGGACGAACUGGUACCUUCAUUGCCCUCAGUAACAUUCUGGAGAGAGUGAAAGCGGAAGGCCUCCUGGACGUUUUCCAGACAGUGAAGAGUUUACGUAUGCAGAGACCACACAUGGUUCAGACCGUGGAGCAAUACGACUUCUGCUACAGAGUGGUGCAGGAUUUUGUUGACAUUUUCUCAGACUACGCCAAUUUUAAAUGACGCGUUCGGACGCCGUCCUGUGCGCUUCUGUCAAAUGAACGUAUGCAAUUUUUUUCUGAAUGUUGUUUUCUAAAGCUCUUUUUACAUUUUGCACUUAUGUCCAGAUCUUUAAAAAAAAAAAAGAAAAAACGUGUAACAUACUGUAGUAUAAUUGAAAAUAUCUGUGACGCAGGUCUUUUUCAAGAAUGUUUGAACUUCCGGUACGUGAAAUAAUUGUAUGUAAAAUAUAGAAUUCUUUACAUAAUGGGUUUGGUUGGAUUGCUGUAUGUAAAAAAAAAAAAAAAAAAAAAGUAAUAGUUUUAUGAAGCAGAAAUCCAACAUUUAUUAGAUCAAAUGUUUAUUUGCAUAUUAAUUGUAUGCCAACUUUAUCUAUUUGCAUAAAAUAUAAAUACUGUAUACAUUACACAUGUUUUUCUCACUUCCUACCUGAAAUAUAAGCAUGUUGGAGGGCCCACCAGUUCUCUUUAAUUUCUCUUUUAUUUUUCUACUGACCGUAAUGCCUUUCCUUUGCAUUAGCCUUUUAUUUCAUUGCCCACGCAACACAUUGGAUUGCUGUGGAGAAAAUAAUACAUUGUAAUAAGUUGUGUGUUAGAUACAUAGGAUGAAAUGAUUCGUAAUUUUUGCACAAAUAAUAUCUCAUUUGACAUGUGUGAAUAAUAUAUAAUCUACAUUUAGCUCAAACUAAAAUUUCCAUCAUAUUUCCCUCUGUUAGAUGCUACAAAUUACCUCACUUCUGUAUGGGAAUAUCUUAACAGCUGCUGCCUGUUGCAAUUUUAUUCAACUUCACCAACUUUCUUUCUUUUUUUUCUUUUUUUUUUUGCCUGUGGCAAUAUUACUUAGUGGUUUGGUGCCUGACUGUGCAAAAUGCAAUUAGCCCACAUUGGAACAGGCAGAAUAUAAUGUACGAUGACGUAACUUCAAACGUAUCGUCGCAGCUGAGCGUCACGCCCCACUUUAAAGAGGCCGGGGGAAGAAACUCUCUUUAACGAGCCAACUUCACACUUGCAUGUUUGCAUACAGCGGUGCCAUACGGAUUAGAAGGAGUUCUGAUCUCGAAAACCUUGUCACCAAGUGACAACAUUUUAGAUAAGAGGGAUGUUUACUGUAAUGUGGAAGUAAUACAUGAACUUCAAGUGUAUUGUUCUUGAAUGCUGGUCUCAUGGUCAUUCACAGUUUGUACAAACACUUCCCACAAUAAUAUACUCAUGCAAAUAUAUAUACAUAUAUAUAUAUAUAUAUAUAUUAUUUGCAUAUUUUAGUUGUUGCAAAUAUGUGUGUAAGAAAUGUAAGAAAAUCAGUGUAGAAAUGUGUAUUUAAAUGAAAUAGGUGAUAUUUGUUGCAGCUGAACCCUUUCCGUCCGCCAGAGCAAUGUGGAACAUGUCUGGGACGCUGAAAAGAGUUGAUCUCGAACGCCGCUGCUUGUCUUUAUACAAAACAUGCGCUCGAAGGCAUUUUGGCAUCAUUUGACUACGACAGUUAACCAGGUGUCUUGGUUUCAUAUUCAAACCCCCAAAUUUCUGCAAAGCGUAUAUUUUUGCAAGGCUUUCCCCUGUUCCUUUGUGAAACAGUAAACGUGGGAUUCCAAGGGGCGAAGAACUUUUUACUGUUUAUACUUCCAUAUGUUAUCUAAAGCCGGUCGCCCCGCUCAUCCGCUGUACGUGAAUACUUGUGCCGGUUGUCGGCGAAGUUUAUUGCAUUGUUGACUUGUCAUGCUGAAGGAUGUAAAAAAUGCACAAACAUCUUGUUUCGGCGAUGUUUCUGCCUUUUCGGUUCUGUACGGAUCUGAGCGGCUAUUUGUUUGCUAAAAGCUGAAUCCAAUAAAUUAUAGAUGGAGAGAGAUUUCA